AUGAAACGUUCAGAUUUACAAGGGGUUCGUGGACUGGCAAUUCUAGCAGUUCUAUGUUUUCAUUUUUUCCCAACAUUAUUUCCAAAUGGAUAUUUGGGAGUGGAUCAAUUUUUUGUUCUUUCUGGAUUCCUAAUGUGUAUGUUAUUAAUGAAAAGUGAACAAAGCGACAAAUCAAAAUGGCUGAUAGUGAAAACCUUCUAUGUUCGACGACUUCGACGAAUUCUUCCGUUAUAUUACCUUGUUAUUUUACUAUCUCUAUUAUUUUUGUACAUCUUUUUUCCGGAUACUGCUAUUGAGCCAAAUGAAAAAUCAGCAAGCAAAUCCAUGUUGUUUUUAUCAAAUCGAUUAAAAACUGAAGAAGAAAACUACUUUGAAAUGCUCUCGUACGCUGUUGAUAUUUUCACACAUACUUGGUCACUUUCUGUCGAAAUUCAAUUUUAUUUACUUGUUCCUUUCAUAUUUUUACUCCCAUUCAGAAAUCUAUCAAUGGUUGUUAUAUCAAUUUCAAGUAUUGCCUAUUUCUAG